CAGAAUUACUCUGUUUUACACUGAAGGAAUAAUUUCACUGAUUUACAUAAACCUGAGUUUACAGGAUACUGGAAUGUAUCAGUUUGGAGACUUGAACUGGAAUUAUGACAUUAACCUGAAAGUGAACAGUGAUCCAUGUUGUAGUGGGACAAAAGCAGUAACAGGUCAAUUGGGACAGACUCUGAUGAUCAGCUGCUUCUAUCCAGUAGAGUUUGAAACAAACCUAAAGUCCUUCUACAGACUAGAUGGUUUCAGUGACGCUGAACUGAUACGUACGAGUGGAACAGAACAACACCAGGACGGCAGAUUAUCCAUUUCUGAUGACAGGAAGAAUAAAGUUUUCAGUGUGAACAUCACUAAUUUGAGAAAAGAUGAUGGAGGACUUUAUUCCUGUGCAUUUACUGAAGACAUGCGUUCAUUCAGUUAUCAGUCGUUCUUCACAGUAUUUCAGCUCCAAGCUACUGAAGUAACAAAAGACACAACAGAGAAUCCAGAUGGCAAAUUAGACACAUCUGAGUCUGCAGGUUUCACCACCAUCAUCAUCAUCACUUUGGUCAUCUGUGUGAUUCUGCUGCUGGGUGUUGUAUCAGCUCUGAUCUUUUACAAGCAGAUAUGGAAAAAGUUGCAAGGUACCUUUGACAGAAAUGUGUUGGAAAGCCUUUCAGAAAUGCCCCACUAUGAUGAGAUUAAAGACCACACACCACAUGCAGAUACUGAAGAAACAGAAUAUUACUCUGUUAUUCCUCUACACACAAUCCCCUCUGUACACCCAAACGCUGUGUACGCCACUGCGGAGUUACCCACAAUCCCCUCUGACCACAGAAACAAUGUGUACGCCACUGCGGAGUUACCCACAAUCCCCUCUGUCCACCCAAACACUGUGUACGCCACUGCGGAGUUACCCACAAUCCCCUCUGACCACACAAACACUGUGUACGCCACUGCGGAGUUACCGACAAUCCCCUCUGUCCACCCAAACACUGUGUACGCCACUGCGGAGUUACCCACAAUCCCCUCUGACCACAGAAACAAUGUGUACGCCACUGCGGAGUUACCCACAAUCCCCUCUGUCCACCCAAACACUGUGUACGCCACUGCAGAGUUACCUACAAUCCCCUCUGACCACACAAACACUGUGUACGCCACUGCAGAGUUACCUACAAUCCCCUCUGACCACACAAACAAUGUGUACGCCACUGCGGAGUUACCGACAAUCCCCUCUGACCACACAAACAAUGUGUACGCCACUGCGGAGUUACCCACAAUCCCCUCUGACCACACAAACAAUGUGUACGCCACUGCGGAGUUACCCACAAUCCCCUCUGUCCACCCAAACACUGUGUACGCCACUGCGGAGUUACCCACAAUCCCCUCUGUCCACCCAAACACUGUGUACACCACUGCGGAGUUACCCACAAUCCCCUCUGACCACACAAACAAUGUGUACACCACUGCAGAGUUACCCACAAUCCCCUCUGUCCACCCAAAUACUGCGUACGCCACUGUGGAGUUACCCACAAUCACCUCUGACCACACAAACAAUGUGUACGCCACUGCGGAGUUACCCACAAUCCCCUCUGUCCACCCAAACACUGUGUACGCCACUGCGGAGUUACCCACAAUCCCCUCUGUCCACCCAAAUACUGUGUACGCCACUGCGGAGUUACCCACAAUCCCCUCUGACCACACAAACAAUGUGUACACCACUGCAGAGUUACCCACAAUCCCCUCUGUCCACCCAAAUACUGUGUACGCCACUGCGGAGUUACCCACAAUCCCCUCUGACCACACAAACAAUGUGUACACCACUGCAGAGUUACCCACAAUCCCCUCUGUCCACCCAAAUACUCUGUACGCCACUGCGGAGUUACCCACAAUCCCCUCUGACCACCUAACACUGUGCCUUUAAGUGUGAUUUAGUCACAUGACCAAAUAAGCGCAGGUGAUAUUUUUCGAUAUUGAUUUAAUAGUGAUGAUUAUUUUCUUGACACAAUGUUGUUUCACAUAUAAAUACAUAUAAAAUUUUAGCACAUAUUGUAUUAUAUAU